GCCAAAUUUUGGAGGGGAGUUUUUGUUCUUGAUUUCCAAGUGUCAAUCAUCUUCUUGACUGUCUAUUGCAGCUUCAUCUUCAAUCUUUUCUGCUGAUUGUCGACUAUUAGGCUGGUUGGGCGAUCUAUCCUAUCUCUCCCCUCAAUCCCUUAUCUGUCGUCAUCGCGUUAUCAUCCCUCUCCACUCCGCUUUUUUGUCCUGGUUGUGCCUGGCACAAGGGAUAACUAUUCUACUCUUCUACCCAAACCACCCACCAAAUAAUCUCCCUGUAUAUUCACAAUGGCAGCUGUCUUCCGCUCCAGCCUCAAGCUUCGCACGGCGACUCGCCUUUCGGCAGUCCGCCCCCUCAGCACCACUGCCCACUUGCGGGCUGCUGAGGAGCCAUUCUUCCCCGAUGAGCCCACGGCUCCCAAGUUGGCCACCGCCAUUCCCGGCCCCAACAACAAGGCUGCUGCUCAGAAGCUGGAUCAGGUCUUUGACGUGCGCAGCUUGAACAUGCUGGCUGACUACUACAAGUCUACUGGAAACUACAUCGCCGAUACGGACGGAAACCUUCUCCUUGAUGUCUACGCCCAGAUUGCCUCCAUCCCUGUUGGUUACAACAACCCUCACCUCCGCAAAGUGGCCGAGUCUCCCGAGAUGGUCAAUGCCUUGAUUAACAGACCCGCACUGGGCAACUUUCCCUCUCACGACUGGGCCGACAUCUUGAACACGGGCAUUCUCAAGGUUGCUCCCAAGGGUCUCAAUCAGGUCUUCACUGCCUUGGCUGGUUCCGAUGCCAACGAGACUGCUUACAAGGCGGCUUUCAUGUACUACCGCCAGCGCGAGCGUGGUGGUGCCGAGAAGGAGUUCACCGAGGAGGAGCUGCAGACUACCAUGAACAACCAGUCCCCGGGGUCCCCUCAGCUGUCGAUCAUGUCCUUCAAGUCUGCCUUCCACGGCCGUCUCUUCGGUAGUCUGUCUACUACCCGCAGCAAGCCUAUCCACAAGCUUGAUAUUCCUGCCUUUGACUGGCCCCAGGCUCCCUUCCCUUCGCUCAAGUACCCCUUAGAGGAGCAUGCCGCGGAGAAUGCUCAGGAGGAGCAGCGCUGCUUGCAGGAGGUUGAGCGCCUGAUUAAGGAGUUCCACAACCCUGUGGCAGCUGUUGUGGUUGAGCCUAUCCAGUCGGAGGGUGGUGACAACCACGCCUCUCCUGCUUUCUUCCAGGGUCUCCGCGACAUCACCAAGCGCCACAAUGUCCUGUUCAUCGUUGAUGAGGUGCAGACCGGCGUGGGCGCUACUGGAAAGUUCUGGGCCCAUGACCACUGGAACUUGACGACUCCCCCCGAUAUUGUGACUUUCUCCAAGAAGGCCCAAACUGCCGGAUAUUACUACGGAAACCCCGCUCUGCGCCCCAACAAGCCUUACCGUCAGUUCAACACCUGGAUGGGUGACCCGGCCCGUGCCCUCAUCUUCCGCGGUAUCACCGAGGAGAUUGAGCGCCUGAACCUGGUGGAGAACACUGCGAUCACUGGUGACUACCUGUUCGCCGGUCUCGAGCGUCUUGCUAAGCAGUACCCCGAGCACUUGCAGAACCUCCGUGGCAAGGGCCAGGGUACCUUCAUUGCCUGGGACUCUCCCAAGCGUGAUGAAUUCUUGGCCAAGGCCAAGAACGUCGGCGUCAACAUUGGAGGAAGCGGCCAGAGCGCCGUUCGCCUGAGGCCCAUGUUGAUCUUCCAGAAGCACCAUGCUGAUAUCCUCUUGGAGAGCGUUGAGAAGAUCAUCAAGCAGCUGUAAAGCGGCUCGAUUGGCGACCAACAUUUCUUCUUUAUCUGGGACAUUUGUGAUUGAAAUCUGGCGUUCAGUGGUACAUCAGGCGGGUCGGCAAU